CGGUGAAAUCUUUGCUUUAAACUGACGGAAGCCAUGACUGAACACACCUACAGCAUAAUCCUCCACUCACCUGAGGAACAGGAGCAGCUGGACGGAAAUCCUCUCGAUGACGUUUUGGAAAAAACUUUGAACAUUUCAGAGGAUGUUGAUCUGAAAGAACGUGAAGCCUCAGAGGAAACAGACGGCAGAGAGAAGACGGAGCAGGAAGACGGACAGACGGUCUCUCCACCUGCUGCAGCUGAAGCUACCUGCACGGAGGUGAAGGUAAGAAUCUGAGGAGGCGGGUCAGAGGAUGUGCUACAGACUAAAUAUGUUACGGUGUGUGUGUGUGUGUGUGUGUGUCUGUCAGUGGGCGGUGGGCGCUCACUGUCAGGCCGUGUGGUCAGAGGACAGGCAGCUGUAUCCGGCGAAGGUCGUGUCUCUGGAUGGCGAGCGCUGCAAAGUCCAAUUCAGCGGCUUCGGCAACGAGGAAGAAGUGGAACUGAGCGCGCUCAAAAGUCCAGAUGCUGCCGUGCAGACCCAGAAGCCAGACUCGCAGGACUGGCGACCUGGAUCUCGGUGCCGGGCCGUGUACUCCGGGGACGGCCUGGUUUAUCCGGCUGUCGUUAAGUGGGUCAAAGGUCAACGGUGCUGCGUCCGCUACGACGAGUACAACAACGAGGAGGAGCACGACGUCAGCGGCCUGCUGAGCGUCAACGAGCUUCACGGACCGGGCAGAGCUGCUCCCAAGGGCGGCAGGAGGACAAGCACGCCCAGCAGGAGGGAGGAGAAGGCGGGGGAGAGGAGGUCGGCGUGGAGAGACGAGCACAUCGCCCCCUGGAAUAAAGAUAAAUUCGGUCUUAAAGCAGAAAAAGAUGAGAAGAAGAAAGACGCUGGAGAAAAACCGACCAAUCACGGCUUCCCUUUCUUUCCUCCUCAGUCGAGCUCAGGGGACUCCUUCGUCCCUCCUCCUCCCUGGACGUUUGCAGGUAAAGAGUCUUCAGGUGCUGACUCCGCCUCCAGCAUGUUGAUGCUGUGGUACAUGUGUGGCUUCCACACCGGCAGCUACCUGACUCAGCAGGCGUGCAAGUCGAGCCCCAAAGACUGAAAGGUAAGAAGUGAACCCAUGAAGAUCCACAGACGCAGAGAGAGAUGAUUCUUAAUGAAUUUGCUUCUCGCUUCAGAGGCAGAGAGCAUUCUGGGAGGAGACGCA